GGCAACGGGAAGACGAACAUCGCCAAGUCGUUGGGAAUUCAUGCUACGAACGUCAUCCGUCAAGAACCCAGACCCCACAUAACCACACACCAACGACCGAACCGCGCGUCUUGGAUUGUUUCGGCUUUGAAGCUUCGCGCCGCCCGCCCUUCAACCAGCCGACCAGUCUUCCCGGCCACGCGUGAAACAUCUCUCAAUUUUUAUUUCAUUUUAGAUUCAGCGUCGCUUGUAGUGCAAACCAAACUAUAUACCCAACCUACCUUGCAAGGUAGUCUGUGAUUAUCAUGUCCCUAUUCGGAUCCUCGCCUCCCAAGGAGGAGACUCUUCCCCGAAACGACUCCUUCGCCCGAUCGCGACAUAACCUCUUUGACGGCGACACGAACCAGUCUUCGGCAUCCCUCUUCGACGACGAUGACGACCUCACGGGCACCGGCGGCACCUCGUCGCCGUGGGAUAUGCCCACUCCGCGCAAGCAGCAGAGUCGCGCCGACCUGCUCCGGAACCUGCUUUCCGGCGCAGAUGUACCAGACAGCUACGUGGAUGUGUUUGACUCGGUACUGCGCGAGGAGGAAGACUCGAGUGGACAGAUUGGACCCAAGGGGUUAAUGCGCACAUUGUCCGCCGCGAAGCUGAGCGCCGAUCAGAGCUCUCGAAUUAUGAGCAUUGUGUCUCCUGGUGGCGGCGAGCCGGAGCUCGGCAGGUCCGAGUUUAACGUCUUCUUGGCCUUGAUUGGGCUGGCGCAGGAGAAGGAGGCACUGAGUCUGGAUGGAGUGGACGAGCGGAGACGUAAUCUGCCAAAACCAAAACUCCCCGGCCUGCUUAAUUCUGGUGCCGGGCUUCCAGGCGUGUCAGAGCUCGCCGCAAAAUCGCCGCAACGCCCAAUCACUCCGCCGCCGAAGCCCGACCAGCAGAACAACCGACAAGCCGAGUCGACGCCGACACCAGCGCCACGCACCGUACAGAAGGCGCCGGCACCUCCGCCCAUGGACUAUCCCGAUGAUCCUUGGGGGGCCCCCGAACUUCAUAGAAAUCACGACCAUGCACGGCUCAAUCCUCAAUCACCCGCAAACGGCUUGAACUAUAACCAUCAGAACCAGCAGCAGAACGAGCAGCAAGCAGGCGCCACCAACGGCGCUUACCAAGCCGCCGAGGUUGCAUCACCCGCUGCAGGACGCACUACGUCUACCUUCACGACCGCAAGCGCGACGUCGCAAAAUUCGGAGCCGAGUUCAAGGCCCGGUCACGUCAGUCAUAACAGCAUGUCUGGGAACAACACCGAGUCUGCGGCAGUGGUAGCCGAGGGAGGCUGGAACACAGGCUACUUUGGAGAUAACAACUCCUCUGCUGCUUACAGCGACCCUUCUGCCGCCAGUACGCAUCCAACCUCACCUUUUGGAGGCAACCCUCUCCCAGUGCCUGGGCAUGGUAGGGUUGCUUCCCGGACACUGGGCCCAAGCAAUGGGCAGCCGGGCAGCACGAUUGAGGAAAAUGUGCAGGUGGUUUUGAUGCCUGAAAAGGAGGGCAUGUUCAUGUUUCAGCAUCACAACUACGAGGUCACCAGCCCCAGGAGGGGAAGCAAAGUCAUCCGGAGGUACAGUGACUUUGUUUGGCUGCUCGACUGCUUGCACAAGGUUUAUCCCUUCCGGGUGCUGCCACUGCUUCCACCCAAGCGGGUUGCCGUCAACGGCAACCAUCUUUCGAACGACGGCGCUUUUAUUGAAAAACGUCGUAGGGGCUUGAAUAGGUUUCUCAAUGCGCUCAUGCGCCAUCCUGUGCUGGCAAAGGAGCAAUUGGUGGUUAUGUUUUUGACUGUGCCGACAGAACUCUCAGUGUGGCGUAAGCAGGCUACAAUAUCGAUCCAGGACGAGUUUGUUGGUCGCAAUCUUCCCGACGGCCUGGAAGACUCUCUGCCGCCUCAACAGCUGGAAGAGCUUUUCCUCCGUACAAGGUCGGGUGUGAAGCGAUCCGCAGAGCUCUACAUUCAGAUCUGCAUUGUUAUGGACAGGCUAGUCAAGCGUGUCGAAGGUGUGGCCGCAGACCAUGGUCGAGUUGCCAUGUCCCUGCAGUCGCUGUCCGAAGUUUCUGCGGAUACAUAUGCAACGGACAAUGACGAGGUACCGCGUCUCAAUGAUGGCCUCCUCACCAUGGGCAAGCACUUGCGUACUGCGCAGGCCCUGAUGGAAGACGAGAGCAAGGGAUGGGACGCCGGUGUGCUCGAGGACCUGAAGAGGCAGCGCGACGCCCUCGUCGCAAUGCGGGAUAUGUUUGAUCGCAAAGAAAGAUUGGACCGUGAUAACAUCCCGCAGCUUGAGAGGCGCAUCCAAAACAAUGAGGCGAAACUCUCAAACCUACGAGCGAAGCAGGAGGGUCUGGUCAAGCCUGGAGAAAUAGAGAAGGUGGUGGAGUCUAUCAUCAAGGACAAGGAAUCCAUUGUCAACCAGCACAACCGCCAUAUCUUUGUCAGGGAGUGUGUUCGAGACGAGCUUAGCUACUUCCAAGCCACCCAGUACCACAUCACACGGUGGAAUCAGGACUGGGCGCAGGAGAGGGUCAAGUACUCCGAAAUGCUCGCCGACAACUGGAGGCGUCUGCUGGACUCGCUUGACGGUAUGCCGACUGGGGAAUGAAACCGUGUCGGAAACCAGCCCGAUGCGUUUUUCUCCUUUCUUGUGUACCUAAUGGUGUCGUACACAGCCGCUGUUCUCACACUUUCUCAUAUCGCAUUUCCCACAUUUGUCGCGAAAGCAGCAUGCACAAUUUGUAUAUUCUCUGGUCAAUGCUUAUCGUUCUCGUUGUGCUUUUUGAUACGCCGUUCUUGCGAUACCCACAAGUUGUUUUCGCACCGCCGUAUAGCAGGAGACGACAGAUGCUGGCUCGCUUGGGUGGGCAUUGAAACUCCUUGCUGGAUCUUAGUAUAAUUAUAGUUGCUUUUGUCAAUAUAAUCCCGCUAUUUGACGG